CAAAUCAGCCCCUGUAUACUCCGCCAUGGCUUACUUGCAAGUUUCUGGCACCAAAAUUGUCGACAAGGACGGCAAGGAAGUUAUACUGCGUGGCGCAGGCUUGGGUGGAUGGAUGAACAUGGAGAACUUCAUCUCGGGCUACCCCGGAUGCGAGUACCAGAUCCGUGCUGCCCUCGCGGACGUCGUAGGCCAGGAUAAGUCCGAGUUCUUCUUCGACAAGUUCUUAGAAUAUUUCUUCACCGAUGCCGAUGCAGCUUUCUUCAGCAGCCUCGGGCUCAACUGCAUUCGCCUCCCUUUCAACUACAGGCACUUUGAAGAUGAUAUGAACCCACGAGUCCUCAAGCCCGAAGGUUUCAAGCACCUUGAUCGUGUCAUCGACAUCUGUGCAAAGCACGGCAUAUACACCAUUCUUGACCUGCACACCGCACCCGGCGGCCAGAACACAGACUGGCACGCGGAUGCCGGCACGCAUAUUGCCAAGUUCUGGGAACACAAGGACUUCCAAGACCGUGUCGUUUGGCUGUGGGAAGAGCUUGCGCAGCACUACCGCGCAAACACCUGGAUUGCAGGCUACAACCCGCUCAACGAGCCCACGGAUCCGUACCAGACGCGCCUCAUUGCGUUCUACGAUCGCGUGUACGCCGCGAUCCGCAAACACGACCCAGACCAUGCCCUCUUCCUUGACGGCAACACCUUCGCUUCCGACUUCUCGCAUUUCGGUGACGCGGAAACGAGGUGGAAAAACACUGCGUACGCUAUCCACGAUUACUCUGUCUUCGGCUUCCCCGCAGCGCCAGAGGCGUACGUUGGCAGCGAGGCGCAGCAGCGCCGUCUGAGGAGGAGCUAUGAGAAGAAGCGCGAGUGGAUGGACCAACGUGGGCUUUGCGUUUGGAAUGGCGAGUGGGGCCCGGUGUACGCGCGCAAGGAGUACGAAGGCGUCGCCACGGAUGCGAUCAACGAGGAGCGGUACAAGGUGCUGAAGGACCAGUUGGAGAUCUACAACAAGGACCGUCUGAGCUGGUCGAUUUGGCUGUACAAGGACAUCGGCUUCCAGGGCAUGGUGCACGUUUCGCGUGACACGCCAUACAUGACGCUCUUCAAGGACUUCCUCGCCAAGAAGCACCGGCUCGCGAUCGACGCGUGGGGCGCGGAUGACACCGCCGUGCGCGAAAUCUACAAUCCGCUCAUCGACCUCAUUAAGCGGGAGAUCAAGCCCGAACAUCAGGACCUGUACCCGGCGCCGGUUUGGAAGCUGAGCGACCGCAUCGGUCGCCUCUCGCGCAACAUCCUCGUCUCCGAGUUCCUCGUUCGCGAGUGGGCGGAGCACUUCCGCGGGAAGAGCACCGAGGAGCUCGACAUAAUCGCGAAGAGCUUCGCGUACGAGAACUGCCUGCACCGCGACGGCCUGAACAAGGUUCUCACCGACAACGCGAGUCUGGUCGCGCAGUCUGCGUAAAAUAAUUGUCUAUAUCAACGAUCAGAACAAAGAGCCCCUGUACUGUACGAGUUUGAAUGGGAGCAACCAAUCCCCGAGGUGUGACAUGC